GACAGGGAGAGGCUGGGAGUUGAGUGGGUGUACGAAGGCUCCACUCCCCCCAUGCUCCAGCCCCUCUGAGAGAGAGAGAGAAAGAGCAGCUGAAGCCUCGAGUGCCUUCUUCUCACCAGCCGCCAUGGGUGCUCUCCUCUGGCCGCUCGUGCUGGCUCUGCUGUUCCCUCUUCACAACGCGGUGUACGAGGGUCCUCUACAGCCGGAGAUCUCCAACGGGACUUUCCACUACUUCUUCGUGCCGGACGGCGACUAUGAUGAGACAGAGGACCCGGAGAAUUGCCAGAUGCUCUUCAAGUGGCUGGACCGGCGACCAUGUGACGAGGAGGAGGACAGGGACACGGCGGUCCGCCACGAGUUCAUUCUCCUCAAACAGCAAGUGGAGGAUUCGGCCAGGGUUUUGGAAAGCCUCGGCAAGACCAUCUCUCACGACCUGGACGGCGAGGACACGUACGGGACGUACCUGAGGAAGGAGCUGGACCAGAUCUCCGAGGCCUUCUCCAGCGUGGAGAAGUCGCUGCUGGAGCUGGAGGUGAAGUUCAAACAGGGCGAAGACGCCGAGCAACGGGAGGAGCAGGAGUUCGCCAGAAACUUCGUGAGUCCCGUACAGAGCGUGAGGCAAACCCUACAGGACACCUUGGUCAUUUCCACGGGGCUCAAGGACAAGUAUGAGCUCAUCUCCCUCAUCGUCCGCAGUCACGGCACGAGACUGAGCAGACUCAAGCACGAAUACCUCAAUCUUUAGCCUCAAUCUUUGUCUCAGAGGCUUUAGACCUGGAAGUGGACUCUUAAAGAGUCUUGUCAAAGUCCUCUAUUAAAACCUGACUCAAGCAGAAGCAGAACAACAACAAGAAGUAGCUCCAGAUACCUGUCCAAGAUCAGCUCUGGGAGCUCCUGGACACACAUGGAAGUAAUGCAUGACUGAACAUUUUAUGUGUAUUUUCACAGUGAUUGACUUGAACAUUGCUAGCUUUAAUUAUACUAUUACAAACACUUAUAUGGAGUACAGGAGCUACUACUCUAGCUUCUAAGGGCAUCAUAAGGCUGGUCCUGCAGUUCAUGUUGGUCUGUGACAGAAGUAGACUACAGCCUAAAAGGCUUAAUCGAGUUAUUUUCAGGUAAUCCACUCCGUUACUCUCAAUGAAUGUGUAAUUUCUCAUAACAACAUCUAUUGUUUCUCUGAUUUGUUACAUCUUUAAUUACUUUACUGUACUUUAUAAAAUGAAGCUCUCCAUCGUCCAGGUCAUAUUCCGGGCGUAUUUAUUAAAUCCAGAGAGAUUAGUGAGGAUUUUUCUCCCCAGAUUGCUUAUUUAUGAGUCAGCGGAGGAGCUGAAUCUGAGUGAGGUUGGUUCAGAGAAGGCAUUUCCUGUGCCAUGGAACAGUAGGUCUCUUUCCUCUUCUCCAAACCACCAUGUGGAAGAAUAAUCAGUCUCUGUGCAUUGGUAUGUAAAGAAAAUGACCCAUUCUCCUCUUUCCCAACCUCAGGAGAGUCUUCUGAGAUUCGUCUAGCAGUCAUCCCUAAUUUAUGGUGGUUAAGCCUAAUCUUCUAUCAUAACCUCCGCCAUCCUGCUUCACCAGACUCUUAAGCAUAUCUGUUCACUGGAACAUUCAAGGCUAUAGUUUCUUGACUUCAGCACGAUAAUAAUGCGCAUAUGGGCCCAUAUGGAUGACUAUAGCCUUUCCUGUUAAUCUAUCCUUUGAGGCUAAGCCUGGAAGCUUGAAAACAGGAGUAGAGUGAAUUUAUUAACAGCCUAAUGUCAGUAGAUCUGGCUUCUAUUCAAAAGCAGCUUGAGUCCAUCCAUCUGGAUCUAGUUUCUGGUUGCUCGGCGGAAACUAAAAAGAGAUAUGUUUGGGUUCAUUACUUUCAGCAUCAAAGGUGCCUCUUACAUCCAUUUCCAAUGUGAAUCUACAGGAGCUGGAGGUAGCCAAGGCAAAUUGAUGUGUUGAUUUUGGUAGAUCCAGAACACUGCUCACAUUGUAAUAUCCUACACACAGUGUGGCCUUAUCUUUCUCUCUUCAAUUUGUCAGCCAGAGUACAUCAGGUCUGUGUAACGGCUUAGUUUUAGAAGUCAGAUCUUACUGUGUUUGCUAAACUGAAUGUAUAAUAAUUAAAUAUUCUUUUCCAUGUC